CAUACUUCAACAUUUAACCUUCAUAUAAAGUUUUGUUUACAGUUGUCACAUAUUCUAGCCAAACUUUAGCGAAUUUAAAGUUCCUUAGUUAUGUAUUUUUCGCAAAUAAAAUGGAUUUUAACUGUUUUCUGUAUGAUUAUAGGCCUGGAAGCCGCUCAGUUAGAUCCGACUUUUGUGGAAAAAGCGAAAAAGGGGCACACGAACAACUGGGCAGUUCUAGUGGACACGAGUCGCUUCUGGUUUAAUUACAGACACGUUGCCAAUGUACUUUCAAUAUACCGCAGCGUUAAACGGUUGGGAAUUCCGGAUAGCCAAAUAAUUCUAAUGAUCGCUGAUGAUAUGGCUUGUAACCCCCGAAAUCCUAGACCUGCCACAGUUUUUAACAAUGCUAAUCAGCAUAUAAAUGUAUACGGAGAUGAUGUGGAAGUCGACUAUAGGGGAUACGAGGUAACCGUUGAGAAUUUUGUAAGACUGUUGACCGGAAGACUACCACCUGGUACCCCCCGAUCGAAGCAGCUUCUCUCCGAUGAAGGAAGCAAUGUGCUCAUUUAUUUAACAGGUCACGGAGGAGAUGGGUUUUUGAAAUUCCAAGAUUCAGAAGAAAUCACUAGUCAAGAAAUGGCAGAUGCUUUGGAACAAAUGUGGCAGAAGCAAAGAUAUCAUGAAGUAUUUUUCAUGAUCGACACUUGCCAAGCCGCCUCCAUGUACGAGAGAUUUUAUUCCCCGAAUAUUUUGGCUGUGGGCAGUUCCAUGGUUGGAGAAGAUUCUCUUUCUCACCAUGUUGACCCGGCAAUCGGAGUCUACAUUAUAGACAGAUACACAUACUACGCCCUCGAGUUUCUGGAAGAAGUCAGUCCUCAGAGCAACAGAUCAAUGGGAGAAUUCUUGAAAGUCUGUCCAAAGAGCGCUUGUAUAUCCACAGUGGGAGUGAGAAAAGAUUUGUUCUUACGAGACCCAAAUGCGGUUCCUAUAACCGACUUUUUCGGUUCAGUCAGACCGGUAAAAAUGCUGGAGAGUGUCCCCGACGUUCCGAGUAUAAUAAACACAGUAAUUCCACAGAAAAGUACUAGAAAAGCGGAAAAAACGCCGAACAAGUACCGGUACAUUCCUCCUUUCCCCACAUUUUACAGUGAAUUGUAAAUAAAGUAAACAGUAUUACUACACCAAAGAAAAAAUCAUGUUUGUAAAUAAUAAAUAUCCAAAUUAAACCAGUGCAAAAA